AUGACAAACAAAAACUCAAGAUUUGACAGAUGGGCAGACCUGGAUAAAGAUAUACUUGUACGUAUAUUCAUGACACUGAAUGUUGUGGAAUUAAUCUGUGGGGCAUCUGUUAGCAAAUCUUGGCGGGAAGCAACUUCGGAACCCUACCUCUGGGAGAUAGUUGACUUAAGUAAGCUGGAGGCCAAGAACUUCAAUCGAGAGCUCGGGCAGUCUAACCAGAGGGUUAUGGAUAUUGUGAAUAGUGUUUUCAGUUUAAGUGGUGGAACUAUAUUUUGCUUGACUUUCCACUUCUACGCAUACAUAACAAGUCAGCACUUGGUUUGUAUUUCUGAAAGAACCCGGAAUCUCAAAAGACUUGUUCUACCAGUUUGGGACAACAACAUACUAGUUAAUGACUUUGAAGAAGCAGCAAAAAACUGGCCAUAUCUUGAGUCAUUGACUAUUUCAGGUUUUGUUGGUACUGCUGCAAUUGUUAUCAAACAUGGUGAUGAUAGCAAUUGCACAAGUGGUGAUGAUAACAACAGCAUAAGUAUUGUUGUUGUGACAAAGGCUUAUCUCGUGGAAUGUUCUUAA